UCUGUCUGUCUGUCUGUCUGUCGCCAGAUCACUCUGAAGUGAAUUUGACAGUGCACAGGUUGCAUGUGGAUUUCAUGAUUGUGUUUUGUAUGUGUUUAAUGCUGGCUGUCAGGUGUUAGAAUGACUGUAGUAAGAGUUUCACAAGUACAUUGCAGUGCAGAGUGAAGGGAACUGAGAUGCUGAGGGCGAAGACGGUGACGCGCGUGACCGCGUUUCCCCCACUGCGCGUGCACGCCGCGAGGUCGCGCGCUUGGCAAUGACGCGUGUCGAGACGCGGACCUGUUCAUGUGAAGGUGUUUGUCUCUCACCACGUAAGAAAGACCGACUGAGUGAACACACCCGAAGGCUAUUACGGCCAAUUCGGACACAUGUCUCCGUUCGUGGUGAGAUGAAGAUUGAUGGGUGCAGACCUAAAUAACUGUUGGAUGAAGUGGAUGAGAUGUUUCCUGAAGGCAACGUCUGCUCCACGUUCAUGUUCCUUCUACUUCUGACCACCGGAGCGCCCGCAGAGAAAAUAUGCUCUGUGCACUCGAAGCACGAAGUCCACAUGGGCUCAAGCUUCCAGAUCUACUGCAUCUUCAGGAAGGAAUGCAACAAGCUGGUCUUCCAAGAUGAAGUGUUAUUGAAACACAGCAGCUUGAAUUCCACCACGGUGAUUAUGAGCAUUGUGAAUCUAACACGGUCCACCACCUUCACGUGCAAAUGUCAACACGAGCCAGAACCCUGUGGCACCGACAUCAUUCCGGGGUAUCCACCUGCAGUUCCACAAAACCUUACAUGUAUUCAACAAGGAGAAUUUGGCAAAGUAAACUGCACAUGGAAAAUUGGAUGGGAAACUCAUGUCAAGACCACAUCACAUCUCUGGGUACAUGGUUCCCCUCCUGUACGCUUUGAAAGUGUUGCAGUCCAUGAUGGAGCCAAUUCUGCCUUGUUUGCUGUCUCUGGCAGGCAAACCAAUUUCUCAGUGUGGGUCCAUGCUAAUAACAGCCUUGGCUCUCAAAACUCCACUAUCCUUAGCUUCAAUCUUAAUAAGAUAGUGAAACCGCAGAGCCCCAAUAUAACGAAGGUGGAAUGCUCUUCAAGAAAAUGCCAGCUUUAUACAGACAAUGCACAGAAAAUGCAAGUGGUAGAAAUCCAAUAUAAAGAGAAAGAGAAAAGCUGGAACCCUGUUUUAUUCAAAAACACCAAUUCAACAACUAGCUGGACUGUACCCUCAUUAAAUCCAUAUAGCACAUACAUAUUCGAGGUCAGGUGGAAACUUGGCCCCACGAGAGGUCUGUGGAGCGAGUGGACCAGGAUCGAGGGCAUGACUGAUGAAGAAGCUCCUGUGACAAUGCUUGAUGUGUGGUAUACUGAAGACCUUACCCGAACAGUCAGCAAGUCUUUCCAGUUAUAUUGGAAGGAGCUGAACAAUUCAGAAGCCAGAGGAAAGAUUCAGAGGUACAUGGUGACAGUGAGUGAAAAGGGAAUCAGCAACGAGACUGCUGUGGUUGGAAAAAAAUUCAGCGUGUCCUGUUUUCCCUGCAACGUGUCCAUUUCUGCUAGGAACUCCAAAGGCCAGUCUCCUGCCAGACUCAUUCAGCUGCAGCCUAUAGCUUUUCUUCCAUACAAGGUGUCACACACUCCUGUGAAUAAUCACAGUGUCGCCCUCUCUUGGCCGAGGCCUGCCAGUGCAGACACAGUGACUGAGUUCUUGGUAGAGUGGUUUCCCGUGGGAAAGAUGCAGGAACUUCAGUGGAUCAGAGUGAAACGGCAUCUUAACACAAUACAUAUUACUGGUUUACAGCCUGCAAUGUGCUAUAAAGGUGCAGUGGUUUACCUACACUCAUCUGGGACAAAGAAAGCCAACUUCAGCAAGAUCUCCACCUGGCAGACAGCUCCACUACAGAGUCCUGUGCCUAGCAUCAAUGUGCAAGGUGAAAAAGUGGAGGUAAAAUGGAGUGAGAUCCCACCAGCAAAGAGAGGAGGCUGUCUGGAAAAAUACACCAUCUACCUGAGUGGUUCAGCGGGCAAAAUAAACAUUUACAACGUCCCACACCCUCAGAGAGAGGUGACUAUCGGGGACCUGACGCUGGGACAGAAAUACAAACUGUGGGUCUCAGCUUGGACUUCAGCAGGAGAAAGCCCUGCAGAAAAUCAUCGGCAGUUCAAACCAAAACCCUCCAGAGAAACAUUAGCAGAUGAGAAGCACGUGCUUUUUCUCUUCUUAUUGGGUGGCAUCAUUUUCUUCACCUGUCUGUGCUUGCUGUGCUUAUGUCAGCUCCCUUCAGUACACAGAAGAUUAUCAGGAUGUUGUCACUGCUUAAUGCCAAGCAUCGUCCCAGAUCCUGCAAACAGCAAAUGGGCAAAAGAGUGUGCAAGUGAGGAGGGUGAGAUGAAGCUGCAGCUGCACCUGAGCGACUCCAGCAUGAGCGAAGAGGAGCCGAAUACGGUCGAGGUGGAGGAAUUUCCCCAGGAGACAUUCUCUAAGGGCGAGACAGUCUCCACUGAGGAAACACUACACCCAGGCAAACUGCAGGCCGAAUCAUCACCGUAUCACACCAACAUCCCCAGCUCUUACCUGAAGAGCUUCUCCAAUGAGUCGAGCAGCUCAGACACCACCCAGGCCUCCAGGAGCACAGACAUUACCGUGGACUACAUCUCGACUCACGGCGUGACGAGCGGACAAGAGGACGAGGACGAGGACGAUGAUGUUUACGAAUGCGAUGAUGGGGGCGAGAGUGAGCACAAGGCAUUUGAAUUCUUCCCCUGCCCCAAGAGCCCCUUUCUGCAACCGCUCAUAUCCAUUGGAGGGAAAUUGACUCUUGAUUCAGUGAAAAUCGACUGCAGUGAUUUGUUAGAUUGUGUCUGAAGCUCUGCGAAGUGCAGCGCUUUUGUUAAAUAAUGUAAAGAAUCCUUUUUUACGAUGCACAGAUUUUCCACCUUGUUUAGUUUUGCUUUCAAUCGAACUCUUUUUAAACAAUUAACACUAACACCUGAUCGCUAUGUUCAUGUUAACCUCAUUAUAUUUUAAGACUUUUUUUUUUUUCGAUUUUACAACUUAACAACCUCAGUUUAAUAUUAUGCAGAUGUAAAUACUCUGUAUAUAAAAAAUAAAAAAAACUUAAAGGA